GUGCAGGAGAGGGUGGAAGGGCAACUCUCCAAAGCCUGAAGAGAUCGAGCGGUUGUGGAAACCAGCUCCCAAGCUCAUGAUUGAGACUGAUAAGUGUGUCUUUCAGCAGACCUGGAAAGGCAUUGCCAUUAAGGACUUUGGCCCCCAGCAAGGUCUAGGAGUGGUUGCAACCCGCCGGUUUUCUAAAGUUGACAUUGUCUGCAAUUACAAUGGAAAGGUAAUCACAGCUGCGGCAGGUAGAGCCAUGAUGCAGGAAAUCCAUGACGAGACUGGCUACCUGUUCUUCUUUAAAGCUAGGCAGAGAGAUCUGUGCAUUGAUGCUCAGACCCCCUGUGAAUGCCACCCAGACGCAGACACGUUUGGCAGAAGGAUCAACCAUUCUUCUAAAAGGCCCAACCUGAAGCCCCUUCCCUGUGUUGAAGAUGGAUGGAGAGAAAAAGGAUGUUGUCCUCUUCAAGGCACUGGAGGACAUCAGUGUGGACACUCAGCUGAAAUUUGACUACGGUGUAAAGAGCAAGUCUUUCCGAGGAGUGGACCUGGACUGGCUGGAUGAGUAAGCCAGGUCCAAAGUGUGGAAAAAAAUA